CCGGCGGAUCCUCCUGGGGAGGCCGGGCCGGGGAGCGGGUUCGGGCGCCGAGCGGCGGGGCCAGCAGCCGGGCGCGGCGAGCGGGACCAGGGCGGGGAGCGGGGUAGCGAUCGAAGCGGCGGCGGCUGCGCUCCGGGCCCGCCGCACCUUCCCCUCCGGUCAGGGGAACCGCUGCAUGGGGCCGGGGGGGCGGCCCUGCUGCGCCGAGCGGCGGCGACGGCGGACCCCCCAGGCGGGCUGGGGCUGAGCCCGGGGCCGGGGCGGGGGCUCCGGGGGGACCAUGCCCCGAGGCCGGCCGGCCGCAGCAUGGCUCACGGGCCCGGCGCGCUGAUGCUCAAGUGCGUGGUGGUCGGCGACGGGGCGGUGGGUAAGACGUGCCUGCUCAUGAGCUAUGCUAACGACGCCUUCCCCGAGGAGUACGUGCCCACUGUCUUCGACCACUACGCAGUCAGCGUCACCGUGGGGGGCAAGCAGUACCUCUUGGGACUCUAUGACACAGCUGGACAGGAAGACUAUGAUCGUCUGAGGCCUUUAUCUUACCCCAUGACUGACGUCUUCCUCAUAUGCUUCUCUGUGGUAAAUCCAGCCUCAUUUCAAAAUGUAAAGGAGGAAUGGGUACCAGAACUAAAGGAAUAUGCACCAAAUGUCCCCUUCUUGUUAAUAGGAACUCAGAUUGAUCUCCGAGAUGACCCCAAAACUUUAGCAAGACUGAAUGACAUGAAAGAAAAACCUGUCUGUGUGGAACAAGGACAGAAACUAGCAAAAGAGAUCGGCGCAUGCUGCUAUGUGGAAUGCUCAGCUCUGACCCAGAAGGGUUUGAAGACUGUGUUUGACGAGGCUAUCAUAGCCAUUUUAACUCCAAAGAAACACACAGUAAAAAAGAGAAUAGGAUCAAGAUGUAUAAACUGUUGUUUGAUUACGUGAGAAACAUCUUUAGUGGCCAAGGAAACUGUCAUUUCUCCCAGAAAGCAUUUGAAAUGCUACAGCAAUGUCCUGACCUCUUACAAUGAAGCAGUUUAACUUGAGGGGGGAGGGAGCCUGUCCUCAGCAUCCUACAGAGUUCAUUGAGAAUGUUUCAUAAAGGUCUAAGCGGCAGCGAACAGCAUCUGAAGCCACAAUCUACUAUAAAUACUUUAUUUCAACUAGAAGGUACAAUCUCUCAGGGGUUUCAUAGUUAAAAAGCUACAAUCACAUCAUGUUGAAAUGACAUUUAGAAAACCACAGUGCUGUAAAUGGACGGCUCGGCUUUGACCACGUACACUUCUGCACAGCCCUUAUGGACUCUGCACAAAGAAAUCACUUCUCUCCCUUCUCCUCUUAAUUGUUCUUGUAUGUAAGUUGCUUUCUAUUCCAGUAUAUCCAGAGUGGCGAGAUAACCAGGCCAGCCACGUAGCCAAAGGUCGCUCCGAGUGUACAGGAGAUGGGCCACACCUAAGGAAAGAAUUGAGAUCUAAGCCAACCGAUGCUUUAUUACACUUGAGCACAAAUGAAGUGUACUGCACACAUUUCUAUAGUGAAGCUUAGUGUGCUUCAUAAAGAAUGCCAAGUUUAAUAGGUCAUGACUGCAUUGAUCAUAACACUAAAAGUGUCCACAUUUUAGUUAAUGUGCAUUAAACAGUAACAUGGCCUCUGGCAACUGUAGCUCUAGUUUGCUUUUAUCUAAACUGCAUGAAAUACAUGCAAAAGUAACAUGUAAAAAUGGGUCAUUGUUUACCAUAAUCCUGAACUCAGUUUGGCUCUGAAUUAGUUGGCCAUUUUUCUAACUCCUACACUGGCUGUGUACAUCAAAUGAAAUAAGUGAGCAAACCUUAGAAACGUUCAGUCGUGUGAGAGGAAAGACGUGGGAUGCGAGCAUGUCACGUGGAAUUUGUGGUUAUCUCUUCCAUGGUAAGCUGAUGGCCACUUGGAGCUGCAGAUAGUGUGUCCACAGCAGAAGGUCUACACACCACAGCUUACGUACACACCUAGAGCGUGAGGCAAGAACACACUCCCCACGCUACAUCUCACUAAGCCAGAAAUAGAGGAGACUUUUUAAUGCCACAGACAGGGUGUGUGUGUAAAGUCUUGCAGACACCUUCAUGUCCUUUGUAAAGCUUAUCUGGUGUACUGCAGCCUUUCUUACCCUUCUCUGGGGAAUCGGCCAUCCAAGUGUACUGGAGGGAAACCAUCCUAAUAACUGGCUGCUACCUCGUUGGCUUUCUUCUUCCGUCUGCUAUGGAUCUGCCUUAUUCUAAAUGCCAUGCAACAGACAGUAGUGUAGGCAAAGCUUCCAUGAACCACCUCAUGCAGUCUGGGGAAGCGCAAGCGAAUCCACACAUUGGCACCAGCCUCCCUUAGGUUCAAAGUUGCUGUUGCUUAAACUACGACAUCUGUCUUUAGCAAGCUUCUGUUAUCUUCCAUGGUUUGUGCUUAAGCUUGGUCUAGUGCACAGAUUGGGUAAUGGAACACUAAACAUUUAUACUUGAAAAUGACAGCCUUAAAUGUUCAUACCAGUCACAAAUCUAGAUGUACUGUCUUGCAUGUGAGCUUUGUAGGAGUUUUUAAAAUAUGAGCACCACACUCCCCACGCGGUAGCAGACCGUCUACUGACAAGAGCUCUCUUGGAAGUGGACGCAGGAUGUCCUCAGGCAGUGGCGGUUCACAUUAGGUAUAUCAUGGCCUUAUUUAUGUAUGCUCAAAUGGGACUUCUGUAAUUUUCCCAUUUAGUUUCGGUCUGUUUUUAGAUAGAAUUGAAAGAAAUUGUAUAGUCGGCUAACGUACUAGCUAAGUUGUCAAACCUAUGAUAUGAAGGAAUCAAGACAGUAAAGUAUUAUUCAUUUCCAAGUUGCCUUUGGAGAUUUGAUGGUUUGUUUUUUUCUUCAAAUCUACAUCUGUGAAACCCUUGACACUCGGUGUGUUAGCAAUGAGAUAAAGUCAAGGACUUGCCUGCUUCAAGAGAAAAGGAUUAAGAAUCUAAAGGUGCAGUGGUGUCACCUCAGUCUCCUCAUGUGUGGCCGUGGGGGGACGACCGUGUGUCCUAGUCAUUCUUGAGCGCUUAUCACUCUCUCCUAGUUGACAGCAGUCCGUUGGGCUUCAGCUUCUCCAGAUGGUAAGAAUCAUGUACACAGACUGUUUGAACUCUAAGCAGACGAUUGUAUCAUCUGAACCUGAGGUGCCUUAGGUACUCUACUUACCUUGAUGGGGUUUGGAGUUUCCCAUUGCUUGUUAAGAGCUCUUUGUGUUUGUUAUUUAAUAUUUCUUUUUGCAAAAUCUUCUCUGCCACUUUAAGCAGAAAACCAAAGAUUUGUUUUCUAUUCAUGAACAGAUUAUAGAGAGACUGCCUUAUUUUCAGACGCAUGUCUUCAUUAAUGGCUUAGGUUGCCACAGAAAUUCAGACUAAUCUCUGGAAUAACUCUUUCAAACUAGUGAAAUAUCUGGGAAAGAAAAUUCUUCUCAAUGUUUUAUUAAUAUGAACUGUGUUAGUAAGAACACUGCUUCAAAUAAGGUCAUGUGUGAAAGAACAUACAACAAAUUAUAGUUGGUUAGUGUUUGCAUAGAAAAUCUGUUCUAAAGCCCUUUAAAAUGUUGAGGGGAAUCCUGCACUCUAACAGCCUCUCUUUGCUAACGUAUGCCCUUCCUGUCCUUGCAGGUACAUUGUAGCUCACUCGUGAUGAAUUAUCAUAUUUCAAUACACAGAGCUUGAGUUCAUACUACUUGUUAUCUUAGUUAUUUUACAUACUGCUUCCGUUUGACUUUCAAUGAUUGGUUUUAAAUACCAAAUUAAAUGCUGGUUUGUUGGUUGUUGUUUUUAAAUGAUUGUUACUUCAAUAGCAUCCCCUCCUGACAUAUGGAGUCAUAAUAAAAUGAGAUGCAUAGUUUA